CCGAGGUACUUAAUAGACCUUAUUAUUGGUGGGCUGUAGAUAACAUUUAGGAUUAGUGUUGAAUUACAGUCCUACUUAUAUAGGAAUACUAAUAAUAACCAAUUUUUCUUCAAAAAACCCACUCAUAUAAACCCAAAUUUCUUCAGAAAAUCUCCAUUCUUUACCUACAGACAGAAAAAAUCUCUCCACGAAGUACAGAAAGAGGCCUAAAAUUGAGAAUAGAGUUUUUUAUCUACAAAAAUUACACAGAUUUUGAAAAAAACGUCAGUUAAAGUCGGCGACUAAAGGAACUAGGGUUAUUCUGUUAUACAGAAGAUUUUCAGGGUUUAUUUAUUUCAUUAUUAUUGAUUUGAAGAUUGAAGGCCAGUCUAUUUAUUGAUACUUGAUAUAUACGGACUGCUUCCUUUCGUUUUCAGAGAAUUUUCCUUGCUGCUGAGGGUUCAAAUAUUAGGCUUUCUGGGAUUUUGGGCUUCUUUGUUAUUGUUGGAUAGUUUGGGACUCUAGGGUUUGAUUACCUCUCUGAUUUUCAUCUGGAAUUGUUGAUUUGUUGAAGAAUUACCCUGUUUCGGGAUGUUUUCUGCAAGGAUUAGGAUUAAAUUUUGGUGUACUGUUUAUUGAAAUUUCUGUUUACUGGGAUUUGUCAUUCUUCUUCUUGUGGUUAUCUUGAACACUACGGCCUUGACAAGCCUUUGUUAAUAUGGCGUCCGGGCACCAAAGAACUUACUGAGUUUAGUUUUUCCUUCACGUGAUUAGAAUUUUCUUGUUGACAUGACAGCAUUCAUUGUAUAGAGAGAAUUCAGAUUCUUUCUUUUUGAAGACUUAAGGGUUUUGGCUUAGAAAAAGGAAGAUUAAUUUAUAGGAAAUUUUGAAGUAAGUAUAAAUUUUGGAUUAAAUUUGUCCCGACCACAUUUAAUUUUGUUGAAGUGGGUAGGCGCCGCAUUUAUCAAUCAUCAGCACGCUCGUGGUCAUCAAUUCGAGGAAGCCUAGUCAGUUUUCUUUCCUUUUAUUUCUUUCUAUGAUAAUGUUUGGCACUGGUUAUGGAAAGAAGUGAGCCUACAUUGGUUCCAGAAUGGUUGAAAAAUGGUGGAAGUCAGACUGGUGGUAGCACUACCUCACAUUCAGUGGGUCAUCCUGCAUCAAAUCUUACGAGAAACAAGUCAUUCGCGCAUAGUAAUGGUCAUGAUUCAAGGCGAUAUUCCGGUUCUGAUAGAACCACUUCGUCAUAUUUCCAACAGAGUUCUAGUAGUAAUGGUUCUGGUCGUUUGAGGUCUUACAGUAGUUUCGGUAAAAAUCAAAGGGAAAGGGACCGGGAUAUAUAUGAUUCUCGUAACAAAGAAAAGCCACUUUCGGGCGACCAUGAGCACCGAGAUUUUUCAGAUGUGUUUGGGAACAUUGUGCCAAGUAAAUUUGAGGGGGAUAAGUUGAGUCGUUCACAGUCCAUGAUUUCUGGGAAUCGUGGGGAGACAUGGCCAAAGAAAGUUAUAACAAACUUGAGUAGUGCCAGUAGAAAAAACAAUGGUUUGCUUACAGAGGGCAGUCCUGUUGGCAUUGCAAAUAAAUCAGCUUUUGAGAGGGAUUUUCCAUCCUUGGGAGCAGAAGAAAGACCAGCCACUCCUGAGGUUGGAAGAGUCCCAUCUCCUGUCUUGAGUACUGCCAUUCAGAGCUUACCCAUUCCCUCCUUAACUGUGAUAGGAGGUGAAAAGUGGACGUCAGCAUUGGCUGAGGUGCCUGUGUUAGUCGGUAGUGAUGGAAUUGGCAUCUCGUCUUUGCAUCAAUUCACUUCUUCAAAAUCUUCCUCUAGCACUUUCGGGACAAGUUCUGGUCUCAACAUGGCUGAAACUGUCGCUCAGAGUUCUACUCAUACUCAGACUACUACUCAGUUGAAGUCAUCUGGAACUCCGAGACAUGAAGAAAUUGCGUUCAAACAAUUUAGGCCGUUAAUUCCUGUGACACCAUCCAAGCCGAAAACCUUGGUCUUGAAUUCUUCAGAUAAACAGAAAACUAAGGUUGGCAAACAGCAUACACUGGCAUCUUUACUUCCUGUUAGUCACUCUCCACUCGGGGUUCCUGAGAAAUCUGACCUUUCAAAGACAUCUAAUGUGGGAAAGCUCCAUGUUCUGAAGCCAGCGCGAGAGAGAAAUGGUGUCUCUUCUUAUGCUAAUGAUAAGUUGAGCCCAACAAGUGGUACCAAAAUCUUGAAUUCCACUCUUGUGGCUCCGGCUUCUGGAUCUGCAGUGACUAGGGGCCCACCACAGAACCCAGUCCCUGCCGGUGCCAAUUCCAAGCCUUUAUUGGCUGUGUUGGAGAAGAGAUCAACUUCUCAAGCUCAAAGUCGAAAUGAAUUUUUCAACCUCAUGAGGAAGAAAUCUUUGGCAAACUUGUCGUCCUUUACCGAUCCAUCCACGGCAAAUCCAUCAGCAGCUCACGAUCCAUCUAUAGCAAACUCCUCGAAGGUUCCCAAUCACGAUUCUAUCGCAUCACCAUCUGUUUCGGAUAAGCUUGGUGAACUACGGGAGGUGAUGGCUUCUAAUACUCAUGAGGGUCAUGCCUCAUCAUCCGUCAGCCUGAGUGAGGGCCAUUUGUCCGUGGAGAGAGGUGACUUGACAUGGCAGAAAUAUGUUAACAAUGGAAAUGAAAGUUUAAGCGUGGAUCCUGUAUUUCCAGAAGAGGAAGAGCUUGCCCUUUUACGCUCUAUGGGCUGGGAGGAAAAUGCUGAUGAGGGUGGUCUUACUGAAGAUGAGAUUAGUGCUUUCUACAGGGAUAAUACUAGUACAUAAAUCCAAGGUCAUCACCGAAAAUAUUAGAGUACAACUGUAGUUUUUAUUGCCUCUCGACUCGCAAAUUGGGACUGGUGAUGGCAUUUCUUCUGGAUUGAGUUUGUCCGACACUAAUCUGGAAUCUUGAUUUUUUGGACAUGCUGGAAUCUUGAUGGCUUGAGUUGAUGCUUUCGCUGGUGUCGUGAAAGUGGAAUAGAAGUAACUGAUGGUUCCAGUCCGUAUAUCAACCUCGAUUAUCCAUGUCAGCUAAAUCGGUUCAAGAAUUUUCUGUAGUUCAGACGUGGAGAAAUAGGGAAUAGACUAGGGGUUUUUAUCAAGCUAAUCGAAGUCAUUGAUUGUGUGCAAAUUCUAGGCUUUUUAACAGUUAUAGGAUUUUGAAUAGUGGAAUCUUUCAAAACGUUCUGUUUCUUUAGUUGAUUAAAGAAAGAAGAAAAAUAAUUUACUUUUCUUCCAUUCUUGUCUUCCUCA